AGUAUAUAAGAUGAGGGCAAGACAGAAAGAGACAAGCCGUCAGGAUGAUGCAGAAGCUCGCUGUUUUGUUGGUCUGCCUCUCUGUUGCCAGUGGCAACCCCGCCGCCGGGAAGCCAUGGCACUGGAAGUCCCGCAUGCCGGUGCUGGAUGCUAACGGCUCCUUCAAGCCCUCCGGGCGUAUCGUGGGCGGCACAGAGGCGACGCCCCACUCGUGGCCCCACCAGGUGGCUCUCUUCAUUGACAGCAUGUACUUCUGCGGCGGCUCUCUCAUCUCCAACGAGUGGGUGCUGACUGCUGCUCACUGCACUGAUGGUGCGAGAAGUAUUGAGGUCGUGAUGGGUGCUCACAACAUCAGGCUUGAGGAAUCGUCACAGGUCUCCGUGCGCACAACUGACUACUUCGUGCACGAGGAAUGGAACCCCUCGACACUCAGCAACGACGUGUCCGUCAUCAGGCUGCCAAGCCCCGUCACGUUCAACGGAUACAUCAACAAAGUGGCGCUGCCCAGGAGCGACUUGAAUGUUGGCGACACAGUCACUCCCACCGGCUGGGGAAAGAACUCCGACCUUGCCGGAGGAAUCACUGACAAGCUGAGGCAAGUGAGCAACAAGAUCAUCACUGUUUCCGACUGUGAGGCCGUGUACGGUUCCAUCAUUGAUCACAGGAUUGUCUGUACCUCGACCACUGGCGGCAAGGGAACCUGCAACGGUGAUUCUGGUGGACCACUGAACAAGAACGGGAAAACCUACGGCAUCACCUCCUUCGUGGCUUCUGCAGGCUGUGAGUCAGGCCUGCCCGACGGCUUCACUCGUAUCGUGGAAUUCCUCGACUGGAUCGAAAAGAAGACUGGCGUUGUGCCUCAGUAACGCUCACCAACAGUCGAGUUUUCCACUUCAUUUUUUCUACUUAACUCUUCUACUUUUCACAAUAUUCUCCUGUCACACAAUUUGAUAUUCAUUCCUUUGUCAUUUCUAUCAAAAAAUGGCUUUACUACUUAAUAAAAGAGUAGAAUAGACUAAA